AUGUUUUGCCUUCUUGCUUUGGCCGAAGCUAAGAGACGAUCAUAUCCAUACCCAUACCCACAUGAGAUCCGCCAGCCAUACCAGCGCCCACGCCCAAUCGAGCGCAGGCACAGACACCAUAGAGCUGAAUCCAAUGCUGAUGGCCUUCCAUUCUCAUCAAGAUUAGUCUGCCUUAGAAAGCCAGCUAUUUACUUAUACCCAACAAAGGAAAUGAACCUUACAGUUUCCGUCAAUUUGAAGCAGAAUCAGUUCACAGCCGUUGUUCCAGAAUUCACAGCCGAGAACUACUGGAAUGUUACAGCCAAGCCAAACGGUGAACUCAUCUACAAGAACAAGGUUAUCCCAUACCUCUUCUGGGAAGCCCUCUCUGGCAUGAAGAUGAACUUCAAGUCCGGCUUCUAUGUCAAGAAGGGAGAAGCACGCCAGUUCCUUGAGAAGACAUUAACUCAGAUCAAGCUCAACGAUCGCGAGAAGUUCGAUUUCAUGACAUACUGGCUCCCAACAUUCAACAAACUCGGCGAUGUUUUCUGCUCAUUCCAGUUGGAUAACUACUGCCACAGUGCUCCACUCGGCAUCUCUGUUAAGCCAGAUUCACUCAUCCGUGUCUUCCUUGCUAUCCGUAAGGCUCAGCCAGGCGACAAUUUGAAGCCAGUUCAGCAGCUUCCAAACGCCGUUCGCAAAGGUUUCACAAUUGUCGAAUGGGGUGGUGCCGUUGUCAAUGGCUGUAGCCGCAGAGUUUCCCGCCUUCAGUAA